AUGUUAGACGGGUACUUGGAGAAGAAGAUCAUUCGCCCUAGUGAGUCGGAGUAUGCAUCACCCAUUGUGUUAGUGCCUAAAAAAGCUGGCGAGCUAAGGUUGUGCAUUGACUUUAGAAGAUUGAACAAAGUUUUGGUUAAAGAUAACUACCCUAUACCUCUGAUAGACGAUUUAUUAGACAAGCUUGGCGACAAACGAUUUUUUUCUAAAUUGGAUCUAAAAGAUGGCUAUUUUCACGUGUUCAUGGAGGAAAACUCAGUUAAAUAUACAUCUUUCGUCACUCCGUUAGGCCAGUUUGAGUUCCUCAGGAUGCCAAUGGGUCUGAAAAACUCCUCAUCAGUGUUUCAAAGAUUUGUUAACAAAAUUUUUACAGAUAUGAUUAGAGAUAAUAAAGUAAUAGUGUAUCAAGACGAUAUCAUGGUGGCCAGUAGAACUGCCGAAGAGCACCUGGAUAUACUGAAAGAAGUUUUUAGAAGGAUAAUCAGAAACAAGCUGGAAUUGCGUAUAGAUAAGUGUGAGUUUUUUCAGUCCAGCAUUAGAUACUUGGGAUUUAUCAUAUCGGAGGAGGGAAUUAGAGCCGAUGACAAGGGCCUAGAGGCGGUUAAGAACUUUCCCAUACCAACAAAUGUUCACACAACGACGAAUACUAAAGAAGCGGUGCUAGCUCUUAAAGACUAUUUUAGGGCCUACAGUCGACCCUUUGCCAUAGUAUCGGAUAGAGGAAGCAGUUUCACCUCAUCAGAGUUCGAGAUGUUUGUAACUCAGAAUAACGUUAAGCACAUUAAGAUUGCCACAGGUUCCCUCAAGCUAAUGGCCAAAUUGAGAGGUAUAUCAGUGGACGAGUUUAUUUAUAGAGCGGAAGCAAUGACCCAUCAGGCUUUAGAAGGUAAUUUCGUAGUUCUGUCGCGGUAUGUUAGCAAUUUGUUUGAAGAAAAUGCUAGUGAGUGGUUCUGGAGAUACCACAAGAAGGUAUCACACAUCAAGUGGCUAGACUUAUGUAGAGCCUUGAGGGAACAGUUCAAAGACGAGCGUACCGAUCAGCAUAUUAAAGCUGCUAUCAGCAAACGCAGACUAGGGGAUAAAGAGUCGUUCGACGAAUUCUACGAGGCGCAUGAGUUAUUAUAUGAGUCCAUAGCUUCGGUAUCUAAGUUAAGGCAGUUAGUGCGUACUAGAGAAACCUUUCCGCAGACGGUAUGGAAACCAUUGAGUUUACCACCAAGAUCCAUGCCUAGGAGAGUGGUAAAUGCAGUGAGCAUUCAAACAGAAGAAGAGUCCGAGGCAGAAGAUGAGGUGCCAGUGGUGGAAGCAGUUAACUUGGAUUGUUGGAACUGUGAUACGGCGGGUCAUCCCUAUCAAGAGGGUGUAGCAGAACGCCGAGUGUUUUGCUAUGGCUGUAGGAAGCCAAACAUGGCUAUGGCUGUAUAA